AAAUAUUGGGGGGUCAUAAGUACAAUCUUCCACGUGCAAGGCGUGUUAUUUGCCUUAUCUCCCCACAGUUUGAAAGUUGCUUCAUAGCGCCGAUGGAGAUGCACAUCGGACCGUCGGGGUGGAGGUCGGCAAUCUGACCCCGGUCAGGCCAGGAUCCCGACAACACUCGAUUCGUUAUCUUAAGAGGGGUAGUUAUGCGAAAGUAGUGGGGCUUGCAGAAGCUUCGACUGAUGGGGGUACCACUUAUAACAUGAAUCCUGCAUGCGAGACUCCUUCUUGCAUUCCUCUUCGCCACAUUCUUUCUUGCCUCCACGAAGCUCGCAAGCAUGACACAGACAACCCAAGUCCCAGGCGCUGACAUCAAGCCCUGGUUGCAGCCAGCACCGCAGAGUUAUAUUUUCACCAACGCGAAUAUUGUCGACGUUGAAGCUGGCACAAUCCUGGAGAAUUCAUCACUGGUGAUCAGGCAGGGAAAGAUUCAGUCAAUCUCACAAGGGGAGCUUCCACCGACCGACCUGCCUGUAAUUGACUGCCAGGGUCGCUAUGUCUGCCCUGGAUUAUUUGAUGCUCACGUUCACUUGUGCGCCGUCCCAGGCUUCACCGACCUGAGCAAAGCCUUUGGGAAUCCCAACGAUGUACACCUGCUGCGCCAGCCUUAUUCGGCCGCUCAGAUGCUGCAUCGUGGCUUUACCAGCAUUCGCGACUGUGGUGGGGCCCAACUCGCCCUGAAAGAGGCCAUCGAGGAUGGUGUCUUUCCCGGUCCCCGUAUCUUCCUGUCUGGCCAUGCUCUGUCGCAAUUCGGGGGACACGGCGAUUUACGAAGCUCGCAUGAGCACGGUGGGUGCUGCGGCGGAGUCCACAGCCAAAACUCGCUCGGCCGCAUGUGCAACGGGGUGUCCGAGUGUAUGGUGGCUGUUCGCGAGGAAAUCCGCUGUGGAGCAGAUUUCAUCAAGAUCAUGGGCUCGGGCGGUGUUGCAUCCCCCACCGAUAAGCUGGAGCACCUUCAAUUCACGGAUGCCGAGAUCCAAGCCAUGGUAGAGUGUGCAGCCAAUGCUGGUACCUUUGUGACUGCCCAUGCAUACACGGUCAAGGCCAUCCGGCACUGCAUUGAUAACGGUGUCCGGGGCAUCGAACAUGGGAACUUUGUCGAUGAACCCACUGCGAAACUGAUGGCGGAAAAGGGUGUCUACCUGACCCCCACGCUCAUCGCAUAUGCCCAGAUGGCCAGUGAGCGUUGGAAGGGCUACCUGCCCCCGGAGUCUCAGACGAAGAAUGCCCAGGUGCUGGAGUCCGGCUUGGGGGCUCUCAAGAUCGCAUCGGAUGCCGGCGUUACGAUGUGUUAUGGGUCGGAUCUCCUGGGCCCGUUGGGUGCUGCUCAAACGCAAGAAUUCCAGCUACGUUCGCAGGUACUCUCGCCUCUUGAGGUUCUGCGCAGUGCGACUAUCAAUCCGGCGAGGAUGAUGAGUUGCGACGACAGUCUCGGCCAGAUCAAAGAGGGCUUUGAGGCCGACUUGCUGGUACUGAGCAAGAACCCCUUGGAGAACGUAACCAUCUUUGACAAGCCCGAGGAGCAUGUCCUAGUUGUCAUGAAAGCGGGGCGUGUUUAUAAGAGCCGGUGGGCUGCGCUCCCCGAGGACGGAGCAACUCCAGUGAGGCUAUAACUGGACUAAAG